CAUUUUUGUCAGUGAAAAGUUUGAAUACAACGCGAUGUCAUCCAAACUCUUCAGCCGCUUAGCGCAAUUAGGCGCCGGAAUCGUGAUCACAAGCGGAGUAGCUAACAACGCGUUGUAUAACGUCGACGGAGGCGAAAGAGCCGUCAUCUUCGAUAGAUUUAAGGGUAUAAACAAUCAAGUUAUCGGCGAAGGAACACAUUUCAUCAUCCCUUGGGUGCAAAAACCAAUUAUUUUCGAUAUUAAAUCAAAACCUCGUAACGUUUCCACCAUAACCGGGAGCAAGGACCUUCAACGAGUCGAAGUGACCUUGAGAAUCUUGUUCAGACCAGUUGCGGAUGAAUUGCCAAACAUUUACACGACCCUAGGAGAAGAUUAUGACACCAGAGUCCUACCAUCGAUUACUGGUGAAGUUCUGAAAGCAGUUGUCGCUCAAUUCGAUGCUAGUGAACUGAUAACACAAAGAGAAAUGGUAUCUUAUAAAGUCAAUGAGAAUUUAACCGAAAGAGCUAGACAAUUCGGUUUGAUUUUGGACGAUAUUGCCAUUACACAUAUCACCUUUGGCAGAGAGUUUCUUCAAGCGGUUGAGUUGAAACAGAUUGCUCAAUUAGAAGCUGAAAAAGCAAGGUUUAUGGUCGAAAAAGCAGAACAGAAGAAGAAAGCAGCAGUUAUCUCUGCAGAAGGAGAUUCUCAGCAAGCGGUUCUGCUUGCGAAGGCUUUCGGGAAAGCUGGAGAAGGUCUAGUGGAGUUAAGAAGGAUUGAGGCGGCAGAAGACAUAGCUUACCAGCUUUCAAAGUCGAAGAAUGUCACUUAUCUACCUGACGAGGGAUUGGUGAACCUCAAAAAUUAAGAUCUAGGAUAAAACAAUCAUUUUCCAUUUCCUAUAUAUUACUAUAACUUCCUUUUCCAUUCCAAAUACAUAAAGCAAUCUUCCAUAUAAAUGUUUAUUAUUUUAGAUAAAAUAAAUUAUAAUAAUUAUUAUAGAUAAUUAUUCUACCCCUAAAUUCCUUUAUUCAUUCCACUUUAAUUGUUAAAUUAUUAAAAUAAAACGAAUGAAUAUAAAAUAUUUAGAUAAAUUAAUUGAUAAAAUUAAAUAUUAUGUAAGUUAGCAAAAGAGUAGAAUUUAUAUUUUAUUAUUACAUAUUAUUAUAGAUUUAUUAUUAACAACGAAAAUAAUAAUUUAUGCAAUUUAUUUUUUAAUAGCAACGAAGCAAUAAUAAUAUUAAAAAUAGCAAUAGCAAAAUUUUUUCUUUAAAUAAAUUAGACCCCAUUCGCUUCGCGGAUAAUUUUGACCCCAGACGCUUCUUGGGUUUAGGAGGUCGCCCUAUCCAAUCCUAUGUUGUUCCUAUAGCAUUUGUCAUACCCCCAGCGACAUGAUAUCCAUUAUAAUUUGACCCCAACCCCACGAUGUCGUCGUCCCCAGCCGUGGAGCCAUCAUCUCCCUCCACGACCCCGUCCUCUCCUGCACUAAGAGCUGACUGCGCGCAAUUCCACUCUUCUACCCCCUACUUCACUGGACGGCAGAAGGCGCCACAGCCCCCCCUCAACGUGGUACUCCCAGUUACUGCACCAGCCACACCUCCUACCUACGGUGAGGCCACGUUGACGCCACCGCCAAGAUCACCCGGGGUGCCAGCGGUCGCCAGUCCAGCUUCCGCGUCCGGGGACGCACGGUCCCAUCCCCCAGACGGCACAUCAUCAGAUAAGUCAUCAGAAACAGCGGUGGGUGGUAUAACAAGGCCGGCAAGCACGGCUCUCUCUCGCAAAGAGAGUUACAAAGCACAGAGACAGCACUACAGAAGAGAAAAGAAGAGAGCAGCGUCAGCACUACUCCAUUCCAUUGAGGAUCCGUCGGUCGUCGUACUAGCCGAUUGGUUGAAGGUUCGUGGGUCGCUGAAAUCAUGGACAAAGUUGUGGUGUGUUCUGAAACCCGGCCUCUUACUGCUCUAUAAGAGUCCCAAAGCUAAGAGCAGUCACUGGGUGGGCACAGUUCUACUAACAUCCUGCCAAGUGAUAGAGCGGCCGAGCAAGAAGGACGGCUUCUGCUUUAAGCUGUACCAUCCGCUCGAGCAGAGCAUCUGGGCACCAAGGGGACCGCAUAACGAGACUAUCGGAGCGGUAGUUCAGCCUCUGCCGACGGCGCACCUGAUCUUCCGCGCCCCGUCACAGGCCGCCGGCCACUGCUGGCUCGACGGGCUCGAGUUAGCUCUACGAUGCAGCAAUGCUAUGCUCAGAUGUUCUCGGUCGCGUCCCGAGCAGACCGUCGCGGCGGACUCGCCCGCCACACAAACGAAUUUGUCGCAUGAGGACCUCGAAAAGCAUUUUAAUGAGCACGAGCUAGCAGGCGCCGCAUCCGAUUCGGAUAGCGACGGAUCCCGGAACGGCAUGCCGGAUCGACGGCCCGCGGAUCUCAAGAAGCAACAGAUUAUAACGGACAUUGAAAACAAUUAUGUUUUGGAUACAAACGUUGAUAUUGGUGUGGCAGGAGAGUUAGUAGAAGAAGUGGCAGAGGAGAACAAGUCUCUCCUAUGGUUCCUACUAAAGCAGGUCCGACCUGGUAUGGACCUCAGUAAGGUGGUCCUACCGACGUUCAUAUUGGAGCCCCGGUCGUUUCUGGAUAAAUUGUCGGAUAAUUACUACCACGCUGAUAUUUUGGCAGAAGCCCAACAAGUAGAAGAUCCCUACCAGCGGUUUGUAGCUGUUCUGCGCUGGUAUCUGUCAGGCCUAUACCGAAAACCCAAAGGUCUGAAGAAGCCAUACAAUCCUGUCCUCGGAGAGACCUUCAGAUGCUGUUGGAGACACAGUCCGGAGUCGUAUACGUACUAUGUUGCUGAACAGGUCUCCCAUCACCCCCCAGUCUCUGCAUUCUACGUGGCCAACAGAAAGGAGGGUUUCGUUAUAGAAGGCAGUCUACUAGCUAGGUCUAAAUUUUAUGGAAAUUCAACGUCAGCCAUAUUGGAGGGUUGCGCGCGCAUUCACCUUUUGAACUGGGGCGAAACGUACGUCACGACCGCGCCUUACGCGCACUGUAAGGGAAUAGUUAUCGGGACCCUUAGUAUGGAAUUGGGAGGCAAGGUGCAUGUAAUGUGUGCGGAAACCGGGUACCACGCCGACGUUGAAUUUAAGCUUAGAUCUUUCCUCGGUGGAGCAGACCAAACGAAUGCUAUACAGGGAAGGAUUAAGCGCGGCAAGGAAACUGUGGCUGUGUUAGAAGGAUAUUGGGAUGGCAAGAUUGAUAUUAAAGAUAAGAGGACUGGGGAGGAAUCGAAUCUGUUCGACGUAUCCCUACUCAAGGAACAGAGGCUACCUCGCUAUCUAAUGAGUAUGGAUAAACAACAAGAAUUCGAGUCUGCCAAAUUGUGGAUCAAAGUGUCUGAAGCGAUACAAAAUGAGGAUCAGGUGGCUGCGACGGAGCAGAAAACGUUGAUAGAGGAGGCACAGCGUGCUCGAGCGAGGAACCUCGUCACUCCGUGGGUGCCGCGACUCUUCCACAGGAACCUGCAGGCUGUACCCACUGACGGUGUUGUAGACCAAGGAUGGAUUUAUAACCAUUUAAAUAUAAAUCCUUGGGCACCGGAUGAGGUGAUGGAGUAUGAAGAAGACUUUGUAAUCAAGACGCUGCGAGAAGGCGCCGCCCCAGUGAAACCUACGGCCGAUAUUAGGCGCGACCUUGCAAGGAGAAUGUCCGAUACUGACAGCCACGACGAAUUGACCAGACCAAAAACUUCAGCGCGCACCCUAAAACAGAGUCUCUACGCAAUAGACACAGCUCUAAGAGAACAAACGCUAGCCAUAGAGCGUCUCUCGAAAAGCGUAGAGACUAUAAGUGAAGGUCAGAGACAGGCCGCCGCUUUUAGGCCGCAGAACGUGGGCAGGGUACCAACAUCAAGUCAUUCGUGGGACUUGUUCGGCGGUUUCGUCCUCGCCAUGGUGUUGCAAGCUUUACUAAACUGGGUUUUCUACCAAAAAGACUGAAAAAAAAAAACAGUGUUGCCACUAUAAAAAUUCCAAUGUGAUUUUUUAAUUUGAGUUCUUUUUUGCCUUUUGUUUGUUGUCUAAAUGUAGUUUUUUUUUGUUUUGUUUAGAAAUAAUGGGUUUGUUGUUAGGUUAAUGGCGCUUGGCUUGUGUUCUGUAUUUUUUUGUGUAAAAGGGAUGGUGAUAUGUCUUAUAAUAACCAGUGUAUAAGUGCCCACUGCUAAGCCAAGGCCUCUUCUCAAAAAGAGAAGGUUUGAGCAUUAAUCGCCACGCUUUCUAAAGGCGGAUCAUCAAAGUUUCUUUAAUAAAACCUUAUCACUAUCCCUCUUUACAAUUGUUACAUUAUGGUAGCGAAUUCGAUUCCUGUUACUACAUUUAAGUAGGUAAUAUUUAUAUGGAAAAUAUUUACAGUAUUUUUCAAAAAAAAGCCCAUUUAAUAAAUAUAAAUGUAUUAUUUAUUAAUAUGCCAUCCAUCCGGUUCUAACGGCUUUAUUUCGAAAUGUAUUGCCAGCGUCAAAAAAACGAACAAUAAUAGUAGAAUACCGGAAAUGUUGCAAGAUUAAAAUAAAUAGUAGGAAUUAUUAUUUUUAAUAAUUAUUUCUUCUUAUUAUAUUAUAUUAUAUUAUAUUAUGUAUUGAGUUUGAUAGUAAUAAAUUUAAUUUUAUCGCUGAUUUUUGCCUGUUAAUUUUAGUUUAGUUUUAGUGGAAGUUGACCAAAUUUUAUUAUUAAGUUUGAAAACAAUAACAAUGAAACAAUGAAUUUAUUUUUGCAAAUAGGCCAUAAAACGGCACUUUUACACGUCAAUUUAUAUGUGAAAAACUAGAUGAAGCCGGCAUUUCCUAUCUGAAUACUCUGAGAAGAAAUGCCGAAACAAACUCAGAGGUCAGUG